AUGUACCUUCCUGGAUCACGGAUCUUCUACGAAGCUCUCUCUCGCAAACUUCUCCUCCCAGUGGAGGCACCAGAUUCAGUCCCAAGGAAGAUGGGCGAAAAGUCGCCGAUUCCGAAAAAGGUUGUAUGUAGACAACAGUGCACUUAUUUAACGACUUCACAGGAAAAAGUGUCAGGAGCUAAUAUAUCUCCUAAUGUUGAAAAGGGUAUCGAUUAUUACGUGGACCAGGUGUUGGAGUUGGGUGUUGAAGGUAUUGUAAAACAAUACAAAGAGAUAGCCUCCUAUCGGGCCCCUGAUGCGAUAUAUAAAUACACAGCGUUCACCGCGAAUCCGACACGGAACCGCUAUCAAGACAUUGUGUGCUUAGAUAAAACACGAGUUGUACUUAAAUAUGACGUACCUCCUUCUACCGAUUACAUACAUGCCAACUGGGUACGGUUUGAUAGACAUGAUCGAACAUUUAUUGCAACUCAGGGACCACUUGAUAACACUAUAAGCGACUUCUGGAGGAUGAUUUUCCAAGAACAAUGUCCAAGUAUCGUGAAUCUAACUAAGUUUGUCGAACAAGAAAAAAUAAAAUGCAGUUUGUAUUGGCCAGCUGAAGCUGGGAAAUUCACAACAUAUGGCAAAAUAUUUGUAAAUACUAAAAAGGUCGAAUCAGAAGACAAAUUCACCAUCUAUACAAUUGAACUGGUACCAGAAGGUUGCUCCGAUUCACACAUCGUCAAAUUGAUUCAUAUGACAACUUGGCCUGAUCAAGGUGUUCCUCAAAGUGGACGUCAUGUGCUUCGGCUACUCAGGAAAGUUGUGGCUGACAAGCAGGAUUGUGGUCCCGUAGUGAUGCACUGCUCAGCUGGAGUUGGAAGAACAGGCUGUAUCAUAAUGAUCGAUGUGAUACUACGCCAAUUGUUCGCUGGGAAACCAGUUGAUACAGUUGACGUCUUCAAAAAACUACGGGAUCAAAGGGCAAACUCCAUACCGGUAGACGUCCUCUAUGUUUUCGUCUACAUAAGCGUCAUCGACUAUAUUCGUGCAAAAUUGCCCGGGAAAUACAAGGAGAAGACUCAACGUUUUAUGAAUGACUUCAAGACUUUCAUGACUCAAAGACUCAAUCAAUAA